AUGUCCAGUAAAAAUUCUAAAUCUUCAGCUAAACCUAAGAAACUUAAGUCUAAACGUGGAUAUGGCAAAAAUGUAACGAAAACUAAAGUUGUCGUACGUCGUUUACCACCUCUUAUUCCUGAAUCUUUAUUCUUUGAAUCUGUCAAACAAUGGGUAAAUGAAGAAACUUGCACUUGGUCACGUUUUCACCAAGGUCGAAUUAGCAAAAGUAAGAAUAAAGAAAGUAUAUUUUCUCGUGCUUAUUUUCAUUUUAAGACUGUUGAGCAAGUUUUAGAAUUUCAUCGCGGUUAUGACAACCAUUUGUUUAUAGACAAACAAGGCAACGAGAAUAGAGCUGUGGUAGAGUUCGCUGUAUAUCAAAAACUACCGAAAGAACACAAGAAACCAGAUCCUAGACAAGGAACAAUCGAAACCGAUCCCGAUUAUCUCGCAUUUCUUGAAUCUUUGAAAAUGGAAGAAAUUCAACAGGCUACUGCAAAAGAACCAGGCGUAGUAUUAGAAAGUGGAGCAACGCAAUUGGAAAGAUUGGAAGCACGUUUGGCAAAUGCUGUAAUCAAUGCUGCUAGUGUUGUUGAAAAGCCAACAACCACCCCACUUCUUGAGCACCUACGUGCGUUAAAAUUAGGUCCGAAAUCGAAACCACCACCAUUAAAACAUGCUCAGGUUGCUAUUCUUUCAUCAUCCGGCUUGUCUACAAAAGGAACUGGUUCUAGAGCCGCAAAACAAUCAUCGCAACAGACACGAGCUAAUGAAUUUCCUCAAAGUACAAAUAGACCUAAAAGGGAACGUAAAAGGAGAGAAAGGGGGGGGGGAGAGAGAAGGGAGAAACGAGAAAAGGAUAAAGAGAAAGAUAAAAGGGAUGAAGAGGAAAAUAACAAGUAUAUUGAAAGGGUAAAGGAAAAAGAGUCUGAAGUUGUAGACGAAAAGUUGAAAGAAAAAACUAAGGAGCAAGUUAAAGAAAAAGAGAAUUAUCGUAGACGUGAUAAGAAACAGGAAAGACAAAAAUUAAUGAGAGAAAGAGAGAAAAAAGCUCAAGCAACAGAAGCCAAUAAAUCUGAACUUCCUACUAUUACUAUUGUGCCUAGACCACAAACAGAAGAGUCGAAAGUUGAAGCUAAAGAGAAAGAGAAGGAAAAGGAUAAGGAAAAAGAAAAAGAAACCAAGAGAGCACCUGUCAAAAUUACAAUUCAACAAAGACAAAAAGAACAAAUUCGUCAAUUUAUUCAAAAAACUAGCCCUUCACCGAAAAAGGAAAUAAAUACAGCAGAAAAUGAUUCAAAAGAAACAGCUUACCAAGAAUCAUUUGCCAAGGACUCUACGGGGACAGUUCAAAAAGAUACGCGAAAAGAAGAAAGUAAAGAUACCUCUGAGGCUCCCGUAACGUCAUCAAGCUCGAAUGUUCCAUCAAAUGAAAAUCAUUAUCGUCGUCGAGAUCGAAGUAGAAAGCAUAGCACUGAUACUAAAACACCAGUACAAAUUCAAAUCUUGACAAAACCACAAACCCAAUCGACCAAUACUUCUGAGUCUAAUGUUUCGACUAGUACUUCAUCGGCUGCUGUAAGUUCUUCAGGCUCUGCUGCAACUACUAACACGCCGUCUCCAAUCAGGCGUAGAGGUUAUUACGGAAAACGUGGAGGAAGAUGGUAG